AUGGCCGGUAACGCCCCAGACGAGGGUUUGGAAGAAGUCAGCCCGAAGACAACUACACCACCAACAUCCUCAAAGUCAGAAAAAAAUGCAGCUUCCAAUUACGCAUCCGACUCUGAAGAUGAUAUCGACGCCUUGAUCGAUGAGCUACAAUCAAACAGAGACUCAGAAAGUGGUUCUGAGGAAAUCGAUGAAGAACACGCUGUAGGGGAUGCAAGACCCAUCCCAGAAUAUAUGCUACAAACUGAUCCAAAUACAGGGCUGUCAUCGGAUGAGGUUUCUGCCAGAAGGAAGAAGUUUGGUCUUAACCAAAUGCAAGAGGAGCACGAAAACAUUGUUAUCAAGUUUCUGUCUUAUUUCAUCGGCCCAAUCCAGUUCGUUAUGGAAGCUGCGGCUAUCCUGGCCGCAGGUUUAUCCGAUUGGGUUGAUUUCGGUGUUAUCUGUGGUUUACUGAUGUUAAACGCCUGCGUUGGGUUCAUUCAAGAAUUCCAAGCGGGGUCCAUAGUCGACGCCUUGAAGAAAACGUUGGCCAAUACUGCCGUGGUCAUCAGAGAUGGUGAGCUAGAAGAGGUACCCGCCAACGAGGUUGUUCCCGGGGAUAUUCUGCAAUUGGAAGACGGUUCCAUUAUUCCUGCUGAUGGGCGGUUUGUCACGGAAGACUGCUAUUUACAAGUGGAUCAGUCUGCAAUUACUGGUGAAUCCUUGGCAGUCGACAAGCGCUUUGGAGACCAGGCAUUUUCCUCAUCUACCGUUAAGACUGGAGAAGGGUUUAUACUGGUCACCGCUACUGGUGACAACACUUUCGUUGGUAGAGCUGCUGCUUUGGUCAACAAGGCUUCCGGUGGACAAGGUCAUUUCACGGAAGUUUUGAACGGAAUUGGGAUUAUUUUACUGGUGCUUGUCAUUGUGACGCUGCUCUUGGUAUGGACUGCGUGUUUUUACAGAACUGAUAGUAUCGUUACUAUAUUGCGGUUUACCCUGGGUAUUACAAUUAUUGGUGUUCCAGUCGGUCUACCAGCUGUCGUGACCACUACUAUGGCUGUAGGCGCUGCCUACCUGGCCAAGAAGCAAGCCAUUGUUCAGAAAUUGUCUGCUAUUGAAUCUCUCGCCGGUGUCGAAAUUUUGUGCUCUGAUAAGACAGGUACCUUGACCAAGAAUAAGCUGUCUUUGAGCGAGCCGUACACUGUUCCUGGGGUUUCUGCUGAUGACUUGAUGUUAACUGCUUGUUUGGCUGCUUCCAGGAAAAAGAAAGGUUUAGAUGCUAUCGACAAGGCUUUCUUGAAGGCAUUGGCCCAUUAUCCAGUUGCCAAGGAUUCCUUGACUAAGUUCAAGGUCUUGGAGUUCCACCCAUUCGAUCCUGUCUCAAAGAAAGUUACUGCUGUUGUUGAAUCCCCAGAGGGUGAAAGAAUCAUCUGUGUCAAAGGUGCACCUCUGUUUGUUUUGAAAACCGUUGAGGAAGACCAUCCAAUCCCAGAAGAUAUUCACGAAGCAUACGAAAGCAAAGUUGCAGAACUGGCGUCCCGGGGGUUUAGGUCUUUGGGUGUAGCCAGAAAGAGAGGCGAGGGACACUGGGAAAUCUUGGGUGUCAUGCCCUGUAUGGAUCCUCCAAGAGACGACACUGCCGAAACUGUUAAUGAAGCAAAAAACUUGGGUUUAAGGGUCAAGAUGCUGACUGGUGAUGCGGUUGGAAUUGCCAAGGAAACCUGCAGAUUAUUAGGUCUUGGCUCCAAUAUUUACAAUGCUGAAAGGCUAGGUCUUGGUGGCGGUGGUGAUAUGCCAGGUUCUGAGUUGGCAGACUUUGUUGAAAAUGCUGAUGGUUUUGCAGAAGUAUUCCCACAACAUAAGUACAGGGUUGUUGAGCUCUUGCAGAACAGAGGUUAUUUGGUUGCCAUGACCGGGGAUGGUGUCAACGAUGCCCCAUCUCUAAAAAAGGCAGACACUGGUAUUGCUGUCGAAGGUGCCACGGAUGCUGCUAGAUCCGCUGCCGACAUUGUUUUCUUAGCCCCUGGUUUGUCAGCUAUUAUCGAUGCUUUGAAGACCUCCAGACAAAUUUUCCACAGAAUGUACUCUUACGUCGUCUACCGUAUCGCUUUGUCUCUACAUUUGGAAAUUUUCUUGGGUCUAUGGAUUGCGAUUUUGAACCACUCUUUACAGAUUGAACUGAUUGUUUUCAUUGCAAUUUUUGCCGAUGUUGCCACUUUGGCCAUUGCUUAUGACAAUGCUCCCUUCUCACCCAUGCCUGUAAAGUGGAACUUGCCGCGGUUAUGGGGUAUGUCUAUUGUACUGGGUAUUGUUUUAGCGAUCGGCACGUGGAUUACAUUAACUACCAUGUUUUUACCAAAGGGAGGUAUCAUUCAAAAUUUUGGGUCCAUUGAUGGUGUCUUGUUUUUGCAGAUCUCGUUGACUGAGAAUUGGCUGAUUUUUAUUACUAGAGCCGUCGGCCCAUUUUGGUCUUCAAUUCCAUCUUGGCAACUAGCCGGUGCGGUUUUUGCCGUUGAUGUCAUAGCGACCAUCUUCACAUUGUUUGGGUGGUGGUCACAAAAUUGGACAGAUAUUGUUACCGUUGUUCGUGUGUACAUCUGGUCUCUGGGGAUAUUCUGCGUUUUAGGUGGGUUUUACUACAUCAUGUCAACUUCCGAAGCUUUUGACAGGUUAAUGAACGGGAAGCCAUUAAAAUCGCAAGCAAAGCCCUCCAGAAUGCUAGAAGAUUUUUUUGCCUCCAUGAGACGUGUCUCGACUCAGCACGAAAAGGAUUCUUAG